CGACGCCCCCUCCCCUUCCUCCUCGCCGAUUGUCACAGAGAACACGAUGGCGGCCUCCGAACUCCUCCACGAUCUGCUGACGAGCCCCCUGAACCUGGCGCUGCUCGCCCUGUGCGCCUACCUCCUCGUCAAGAUCGUCCGAGGCGGCGGCGGCGGAGGCGGCGGCGGCGGCGGAGACGGAGCGGGAGACGGCGGAGGGGAAGAGUCGCUGGCCCGCCUCAAGCGGCGCGACUUCAGCGUCGAGCAGCUCCGCGAGUUCGACGGCGUGCGGAGUCCUCGCAUCCUCAUGGCGGUCAACGGGAAGGUGUUCGACGUGACGGCGGGGAGACGCUUCUACGGGCCCGAGGGCCCCUACGGGGUGUUCGCCGGGCGCGACGCCUCGCGCGGCCUCGCCACGUUCUGCCUGGACCGCGACGCGCUGAAGGAGGGAUACGACGACCUCUCGGACAUGUCGCCCACCGAGAUGGAGAGCGUUUACGAAUGGGAGAUGCAGUUCACGGAGAAGUACCACCACGUGGGCCGGCUUCUCAAGCCUGGCGAGGAGCCCAACGAGUACUCGGACACGGAGUCUUCGAGCGAGCGCACAAAGGACGACUAGAGAGAGAGAGAGAGGAGACGGAGAGAGACGCGACGCAGCCUCGCUCCACCCCGACUCGGCAAACCACGUUCACCCUGCCCCCCCUACCCCCGCACGGCGAUUCAUUACUCGGUUAAACGAUUCGGCGUGCCGCGAAUUGUUCCUUUAUUUUUUUGCUGUUUAAACGUCGUCGUGAACGUCCGCGCCUCCAGCGUCCCCCUGCCCGGGGGCCACCUUGGUCAGUCCGCCGCCGGGGUCGAGGCCUUCCCCCGCGCGGCCCGUCGGCUGCAAGAAGAGCCCCGCCUUCGCCGGAGCUCGCCACGCCGGUCGCCGCUGCGGGUCGGUCGCGUGGACCUGCAAAGCGAUCCGUCACCGCGCGCGCCAUUGCGACGCGUGCCGGCGGAGGAGCCGAUGUUGCCGGGUGAACCGGUGCAAGGUUCGACGCCUCCCCCUCCCCACCCCCCCCCCCCCCCCCCCCUUUCCGUCUGCGGCAAAGGCGAGGGUCGACAGAUUCGAGUGUUGCAGUGUCGCCGGCGUCGGCGAAGCCUCGGUCAAAUCACGCGUGGGCGAAGGAUGGACUCGCUCGCCGGUUCGUUUGACGCCCGCGGCCAGUGGACGCCCGCUCUGUGCGCCAACGCACCUUCCCCGAUUCGCACAGUCGGCGCACGUGCGGGUGCGAAAGAAGUUCGGGCGUGCGUGCAUCGCAACCAACUCAAGAAAAACAAUGCAUCGUCGGUAAUUAUUUAACCGAAUCGUGGCAAUUUAAUCGAACGGUGGUGGAUGGGGAGGCGAUUUGACACGAAGCCUUAGGUUCCACAAUGCCUCGGCCCUAUCCCUUCACCGCAGGCAGCCGCAAUCAAUCCGACCCAACCAUGCCCAACCCAACCCUAGCCCAGCGUCCUCCUCUCCAACCGCAGGCUCGCACCCCGCUCCCCCGACAACUCCCACACCACCAGGUCCCACCAUCGAACCCUGCCCUCGUCGACGCUGCGUCCAAUCGCAUCGCGCGCUCCCGGCCGCCGACGCGGCCGCUGCCCCUUUCCGCCGGGGACUCUGAUCGCACUGGCGAGCGAGCAGCGGUACCGUGGGCUAGGAGCAGGGCCCAAGCAGUUUGCUGCUACCGCCCCCCGCUGGUGCAUCGUUUGGCUUGUUGUUGGGGGGAAGGGGCGGGGCGGGGGGGGGGGCGGUCUAAUUGAAAGUGUCCGGAGAAAACCAAGUUCACGUUCGAGGGGAAUACGUCCAAGCUCCACGGGAUUCCACGGUGGCUAGGAGGUGUCAACUACCGCGCCUGGUACGCAGGAGGUUGUGGGUUCGAUCGGGACCCUGACGAAGCCCGCUGUAAAUUUGGCGUUUGCGUGUCUCUCUCUCCCCGUGGUGGCGUGGAUUUUUCUCCGUGUCCUCCGGUUUUUCGCCCCCGCGAUUAGCCUCAACAUCGCUAUGCGUUUGGAGUAUUUUGGCUGCCUUAAAUUUCCAAGCGACGAUGAGAAGCCGCUUCGUUGAGUUGUCAUUUGCGGCCAGGGUGUUUCCGAAAAAGAGCCGCGUAGCAGCUCCGUGGGGCCUUAUCCGGCAAAAUAAAAAUAGUUUCGUUUAAACUCGGCUAUACAGAUCCAUCCGAAACCUAGUCGGUGUCCUGUCUCCCACGAGCGCUGGAUUGCAGGCCAUAGUAGUAACUCGGGACUGACGUGGCUCAACGGAACGGAGUCUUUCCCGCUCUGCGAGGUCACCAAGGCGUUCCAUUGUGUAGCUUAUCGCCAGCCGACAGCGGACUGGAGGAGGAAGUGCUUUAAAAUGACAACAUAGGGGGAGCUCGUAACGGUCAUCGGGGGCAUUGUGUACCGGCAUCGUAAGUUGCGAGUCCUGGGAUUGAGUCGUCGGGAUUGAGGUGUCCACGGUCAAAGCCGGUUCCGAAGCGCAAGGGAGAGGAUUCUCAGCCGAGGUCACUCUUGUGAAAGAUCCCAACGCGGAAGAUCCCCCCCCCCCCCCCCCC